CCACAUUAUAUCCCCCUCCUGCUCUAUUUCUUACAUGCCCUUCUUUAAAAAAAAAAGUUCCACCACUGACACGCCUGUGAGUUCUUGCUUCCUCUCUGGGUGUCUGUUUUUUCAAAACUCCUAAAGCAUGUUCAUUUAAAGCAAGACAUUGGUAGCCAAAAGGUUGGUGGAUCGAAUCCCCGAGCUGACAAGAUCCAGUAAUACAUCUAUGUAUGGAUCAGCUGCAGUUGAAAGAAAAGAACACCCUCAAUUUCCAGUAAACUAGAUCUCCUUCACGGCAGAGUUUGGCCUUGGAUUCCUUCAACUUUUCGGAUAACUAUUUGAAGAGGCAUGAACAACGUAUAUGACAAAACCACAUCCACCAGAAAAGUAUUGAUCGCCUUCUUCAUCCUGGUCUUCCUUGUUUGCCUCCUGAUCUCCCUGUACAUGUGGCUGAACCGCAAGACUAAUGGCCAGUACACAGUCCGCCAACUGGUCUAUGGGCAGGAUGGGGCCAGGGACCGGAUCAUGGGUGGGGUCAGAGUCCUGGAAGUGCGGCUUGGGCGCCGGCUGUGGCCUCUCGGCGCGGAUGAGGAGGCCAUAAGAGAGGAGGAACACAAAAAUGAAGAGAGGGAUGUGGAGAGAGGGAGCGAGGGAAGGGAAAGUGAGGGGGAGGAGGAGGAGGAGGGCGAUGAGAGGGAAGACGGAGGGGAUGACUCGUCGGACGACUACUCCAGCAUGGAGGGCUGUGACCUGAGGGAGAGAGCAAAGCUCACAGGCGAGAAGGAAGAGAUAAGAGAGUGUGAGGAGAAGAGAGAGGAGAAUAUGGAGGAAAAGGGGGAAAGCAAAGAGGAUGGAGAGAGUGAUGAGGGAGCAGUGGGAGGAGAAAAAAGUGGAGGAGGAGGUUUGCUGAUAGACCUGCAUCAGUUCUCUGGUAGUGCCAUCUGGUCUGAAGAUAGGAGUGAGGGAGGCAGAGACAAGGAUGAUGUGACUGCAUUGUGAGGGAAGGAUCAGCGAGGGAAAAUAGUUCCAUAUUUCAUCUUUGUACAGCAAUAGCGCUUGACAGUAGGUUUUGUCGUCAUUAUCAUCAUAAUUGUAAAUUGUAAACCUUACAAACCAGUGUUACAACCAGAUUACAACAAUCAGAGCAAAGAGCAACAGAGACAAAAGUGUGAAAGAAUAAAUUAGAGUGAAUAAAGGGAUUGACAAGAGCAACAAUUGCAGAAUGAA